CCCCCAUCCCAUCUCGCUCACAGGCCGAGCCAGCAGCUCCUGCCACCCGCCUGGCUGCCCCGGGGAGCGCCCCCAGCCCAGCCUGACCAAUGUCCACAACCAGGGAACAGCCCAUUUUCAGCACGCGGGCCCACGUGUUCCAGAUCGACCCGGCCACCAAGCGCAACUGGAUUCCCGCGGGCAAACAUGCCCUCACUGUGUCCUAUUUCUACGACGCCAGCCGUAAUGUGUAUCGCAUUAUCAGCAUCGGUGGCGCCAAGGCCAUUAUCAACAGCACCGUGACCCCCAACAUGACCUUCACCAAAACCUCCCAGAAGUUCGGGCAGUGGGCGGACAGCCGUGCCAACACCGUCUAUGGCCUCGGCUUCGCGUCCGAACAGCAGCUGACUCAGUUUGCUGAGAAGUUCCAGGAAGUGAAGGAAGCAGCGAGAUUGGCUCGGGAAACAUCUCAGGAUGCGAGCGACCUUACCAGCCCGGCGCUGGGGCUGGCGCCUCACCAGGUGCCUCCCAGCCCACUGGUCAGCGCCAAUGGCCCCGGCGAGGAGAAGUUGUUCCGAAGCCAGAGCGCAGACGCCCCUGGCCCCACAGAGCGGGAGCGCCUUAAGAAGAUGCUGUCAGAGGGCUCUGUGGGCGAAGUGCAGUGGGAGGCUGAGUUCUUCGCGUUGCAGGACAGCAACAACAAGCUGGCCAGCGCCCUGCGGGAGGCCAACGCAGCGGCAGCCCAGUGGAGGCAGCAGCUGGAGACCCAGCGCGCCGAGGCCGAGCGCCUGAGGCAGCGGGUAGCUGAGCUAGAGGCCCAGGCAGCUGCCGAGCCCGCUCCGGUCAGUGAGAAGGAGGGACAGGGCCAGUCGUUGGAGCAGCUGGAGGCCCUGGUGCAAACCAAGGACCAGGAAAUCCAAACCCUGAAAAGCCAGACUGGGGGGCCGCCUGAGGCCCCCGAUGCUACUCCGCGGGAGGAGACCCAGCAGAAAGUGCAGGACCUGGAAACACGCAAUGCCGAGUUGGAGUAUCAGCUGCGGGCUACGGAGCGCAGCCUGGAGGAGGCACGGGCCGAGCGGGAGCGGGCGCGGGCCGAGGUGGGCAGGGCCGCCCAGCUGCUGGACGUCCGGCUCUUUGAGCUGAGAGAGCUCCGGGAGGGCCUGGCCCGGCUGGCCGAGGCUGCACCCUGAGACCCCCCCAUCCCAACCCCGACCGCUGCUGGGGCCCUGCAGGGCUGGGGUUACAGGGUCGGUCCUCAGCCCCAGGGUGGAGACCACAGGCGGUUCCCGUGUUGGGCCUGUUCGUCCUGGCAGGGACCAGGGGGGCCCCCGACU